AUGGCCGCGGACAAAGCACCGAUCAAAUGGCUGAGGGCGCACGCGACAUUCUACGGCGGCGCCGAUGCCUCGGACACCAUGGGUGGAGCAUGUGGGUAUGGUAAUCUGUACUCGGCGGGGUAUGGCACGCGGACGGCGGCGCUGAGCACAGUGUUGUUCAAUGACGAUGCAGCGUGUGGGCAGUGCUACAAGAUUGCGUGUGACCGCAAGCUCGCAGAUCCGAUGUGGUGCAAACCAGGCGUCUCAGUGACGGUGACGGCAACGAACUUCUGCCCGCCUAACAACGCGCUCCCGAACAACAAAGGUGGUUGGUGCAAUCCCCCGAGGCCACACUUUGACAUGGCGCAGCCGGCCUCGGAGAAGAUCGACGUCUACAAAGGCGGCAUCAUCCCCGUCAUGUACCAUGGGGUCCCAUGCGUGAAGAAGGGUGGGGUGCGGUUCAAGAUUGAAGGUCACGAUUACUUCAACCUAGUUACUGUGAUGAACGUAGCAGCCGCCGGCUCAAUCAAAUCGAUGGAUGUCAAGAGCUCUGAUUCAAACAAUUGGAUGACAAUGUCCCGUAAUUGGGGUGCCAACUGGCACUCUCUAGCAAAUCUUACCGGAAAAAUACUUUCAUUCAGGCUGACUAACACAGAUGGGCAAACACUUGAGUUUAACAAUAUUGUGCCCGGUGGAUGGAAGUUCGGGCAAACAUUUGCAAGAAAACAACAGUUCAAGUGAUCAUUCACAAGUGAUUAAUUUAGAAUAUGAUUGGUUCAUGAAUGUACCAUCAUACGUGCAUUCUAGCAUUGUUGAAUUCAAUUUAUUUGUGUCAUGGUGCUCAAUUACAUUAAUUUUAUGUGGUUAUUGUAUAUACACUACAUCAAUUCA